GCGAAGCUUCUUUUAAGGAAAAGCACAAUCAGGUUAUAGAAGUUUAUUAUUAUAAAGGUAUAUAUAUUUAUAGUAGUUUUAUUUGUAUAGGAAGUUGUACAAGCAUAUUCCGUAUAAGUUUUGUGAAUUAGUUUUCCUUUCCAACAAAGGAUUUUAGACCACAGGGACACCUAUAAGUUUUCUAUAAAUCGUCUCUUUGUACCUAGGGUAUUCUUCUUACUGAUUAUCUCAUUGUAGCACUACACCAUAUUGGCUCGAUGAAGCUCAUCAGUGAACUAACGCUUGGUGAUUCCUCUGCAGUAAUCAAAGUUCGCCUGCUCCACGCUUGGCGUUCAACAAAUCCAUCAUUCCCUCGGAAAGUGUUCGAUUAUGGAACACUGUGGACAGAUGAAACUGGGAUGCUCAUACAUGGCCUUUCAAGCAGUGAUCACGCUGAUGAAUUGGAAUCUAAACUGUCCAUUGGGUCCGUGUACAAAAUAAAGGAUUUUUUUGUUCGGGAAGCUAAAGCUAACUAUCAACCAUGCCAAAACAAGUUUUGCAUCUCUAUCAGCUUGAAAACUGAAUUUGAAGAGGUUACUUCUUUGAAUCCGGACUUCUGUCAAGAUAGCUAUGAGUUCUGUGCGUUUGAAAGACUGAAAGAACGACUGAAAUCUAAUGUGUUGUUAUCAGAUGUUAUUGGUUGGCUUAGCUCAAUUGGUAAAAUUGAUAAUGUGAAUACAAAGAAUGGUCCAACCAUUAUACAAAGAUUAGUACUGAAAAAUGAGAGGGGCGUCGCUUUACCUAUUACAUUGUGGGGAGACUUUGCUUCUCAGCUGAACGCUGAUGAAUUGGUCGAGACUGCCAAGACUUCACCUGUAAUAGUUGCUUUACGCGGUCUUUUGAUUGAACCGUUCAAAGGUGUUACAGCUUCAACAUCUUCUGCUGCGUUCAUAACUUUGAACCCUCAAUCUGUAGAUGUCACUGACCUGAUACAAGCGGCUUCCAAUGAGCUUGGAAUUGUUGAUUUGCUGCCCGUUAAAUUUGAAACACCUGAAAAAGCUGCUGAACAUGAAAGAGAAUUACAAAAAACUCUCGGAGAACUUAUAACCCUUCGCAGUGUGGGUGCUUCACCGAAUGAAAGGUAUAAAUGUCAAGCAACAGUAGCUGCCAUAGACGGAGAGAAGGAUUGGACAUAUCUUGGUUGCUCAAAAUGUUAUAAAGCCGUCAGCACAUGUGGUCAAAACUAUUGGUGUGAAAAGGACCAGCUAUUAUCGCCAUUGGAAGCAAAGCAAUGCUACCGCAUUCGAAUGAUUGUUCAACAAGGUGGUGACGAAGCUAUCUUCCUCCUCAUAGGAAAAACAGCAGAAGAUUACAUACACCAUCCUGCUUCUGAAUUGUUGAAAACAUUCACAAAUGCAAAUGGAAAUUUGCCAACUGCAGUUGAAGCAUUCUGCGGGCAAACAUUAAAUUUUGCCAUUCGGCUGCCUAAACAGAGGUUCAACGGCAAUGAUGGUGACUUUAUAAUAAGUAGUAUCUCUGGAAUGAUUAAUGAAACAACCAAGACACCUAAAAGGGCACUUUUCCAAUUGAAAGAUGAGAAUGCCUCUGCUACUGAUGAAAAUGUGACGGUCCAUCAACAGGAAGAACGUAAAGCAAUUCAGGAUAAAUCAUCUGCAAUGAUCGCAUCACCAACUUCUUCCACCGACGACUUGGCUUCCAUUGAAAAACUAACAAAGAAAAAACAACAGUGCAAGAAAGAUGUCAGCUCUAUACCUCGCAGCAUGAGGAAACAAACCCCUCAGAAUGACAAAGUCAUCACAAUGGAAUCACCAAAUCAUACAGCGAAUGAAAAUUCUUUGUCGGAAAAGGAAAAACAGAAGAGCCCCAACUCUGCUGAUAAUUGUUUCAAAACUGCCAAAAGGAUACAAUCACCAGCUUCAUCCGACGAUGGCUUACCUCUGAGUGAAAUACUAACCAGGAAUAAAAACUCAGCUAAGAAGACAACUGCUAAACGGAAGCAUGAAGCUGACCAAGUCAUCGAAGUUGACUCGACAAAGAUAAAACGUACAAAUUCCAAGCCAACUUCACCAUCCGCAACUUCUGUUCCACCCCCACUAAGUUCACAGGUGAUUGACCUUGAGAAGAAUUCUAUUAAGAUCCAAUCCCAUAGCACUGUCACUUCAGCUUCCAACAUUCACGCACCAUUGGCAAAAAUAAAAAAGGAAAAACUUGAUGCCCUGCCUAAAUCCAACCCAAAGGAGAAGGAUUCUCGAGCAACAGCUGCUUCUCAAGCCAUUGGGAAAAGGACACGAAGGCCUUCAACCAAAUUGACGAGUUAGGAAUAACUCAACAUUUAUCAGAACUUUUAGAAGAAUCUUUUGUUGCUCUUUUUCCUUAAACAAUUUCUAUUUCAGUCUUUACUUUAGAUUACUCUCUUUUUACCAUUCGGAGCUGUUGGAAUGUAAUACUGGAUUCAGAUUAAACUAUCUAUAGAACUGAGACAUCGGAUAUAUUUAAUCUAGCCACUUAGUUUGUCAAGACCAGUUUUGUUUCAGAUAUAAGAAAAUUAACCCAAAAAACAGUCCCAACCGAGUAUUGAAAGUUGUGACCUUCUACUGGAGACUAACUUAGUAUGAAUUACCGACCGGUACGAAAUGAUUGAAUCAUGGUUAAACCACAAUUUUUAAUAUAAAAUGUUCAAUUGUUCAUGUUUAUGGUACAACAUCAGCCACUUAGUUUGUCAAGACCAGUUUUGUUUCAGAUAUAAGAAAAUUAACCCAGAAACAGUACCAACCGAGUAUUGAAAGUUGUGACCUUCUACUGGAGGCUAACUUAGUAUGAAUUACCGACCGGUACGAAAUGAUUGAAUCAUGGUUAAACCACAGUUUUUAAUAUAAAAUGUUCAAUUGUUCAUGUUUAUGGUACAACAUCAGCUACGAUUUGAUAAUACGGAGCCAACUCACCAUCCACCUUAGUCUAAACCAUGGUUGUCAGGCCAGCAGGCGUGCCACCGGUUGUACCUGGUUCAACCGGUACCGGUCAAAAAAAUUAUUUUAUUAUUUAUUUUAUGAGUAUAAAAGUUAAAUAUUGGUGUUAUUUGUUGGAUUCAAGUAUAAUGUUUAGGUAUAGACGUUAAAUGUCGUAUUUAAAUAUGAGUAUUUAUAAUUUUAUUUAUAAUAUUGAUCGGCACAAACCGAUAUGUGCCACGGAUUGAACCAGGCGCUGUGGGGAAUUGGAGUAGUGGGAAGGAUUUCAUUCCUCUCUGGAUAAGGCCAAGAGGUUUUACUUCAUCUGCGGCAACGGCCAGUGCUUCAAUGGGAUGAAAGUCUGUGUGGUUGUUCACCCUCUGCCGCCUCCACCCUCCGGCAGCCUUGGCCUGAACCAGACGCAUUCUGCUGCUGCUCCUCCUCCGGCGGCUCUGGGUUUUGUGGGUUUGACUCUCAGACAGGCCUUGGUUAUGGGAUUUGCUUCCCUCUGGUUUGGAUCUGGUUGGAUCUAGCUGUUUAGAGACCCACGACAAUAAAAAACAACUUUACCAAUUCCCAUAUUGCUUCUCUGUAUGUCUUCCCCCUUUCUUCUUACCACUACGAAACGUCCCAAUGAUCCUUUCUUCUUGAUUAGUCCCCUCCGCCCCAAUUCUCUCUUUCUUUUACCUGGCAAGAAUUACUAAAGUCGGCCUGAUCACAGCGGCGGACAUUGAACGAAAUGGCAUUAUUCGUUCCUAUUAUUUCCUUGGAAUUGAUUGAUUCCAGCCAGUCAAAGUUCGUUGGGUCGGUGGCGGUAGCUAAGCUAAUUGAUGACAUGGUCAGCACCAAUACCUACUAUUUGUUGCAGAAGCCCGCGUCGAUCCAAUCAGGUUUAGUUCCGCCUGUUUCCACCACCAAACAUUUUACGCCUUCAAUUCGGAGUUCAGACAACUUAGCACUCCUAUAUAGCUAAUACUCUUUUGCUUGCCGCAAAAAUCUCUUCCGCCUCUGAAACCCUAUCUUCACUAUAACAACGGCGCACCAUACAAACCUUUACUCCAAACUUCAAUGAAAAAUCACGAACCUGCACUUUGACACCAUCAUUCUCUUCCUUCUCCCGCCACCAAAUACGUCAACAGCGGUAUGUAUGAAAUUGCUUCAAAGUCUUCAUUGCAAUGUCUUCCUUCUAACGGAUUCUUCUUUCAUUGUCUAUUUUAUGCUUACUGUCUAUAAAAUUUUCAGACACAAAGCUUUGAUUAACAACAAUUGUUGCACUGAUGUUGCAGCAGAAUAUACUUCGGAUCAGAGAGAAAUUACAACAAUCAACACAAGUUAUCGACUCAUCUACUGAAAACAUAUCGUAGGUAAGUCUUCAACCACUCAAAUACUGCUUACAUUUAAACAUCAUAUGUAGGCAUGCGAUGACUAUUUUAAGGAUUCCUUAGUUGUUAUACAAUCAUGGACUCAACCAAUGAGGCAAGGGAUGAGCCACAACAAAAACGAAGGAAGUGUGGGAUUCUUAGGCCAUCGACGAAGCGACCUACACCAGAAACAGCAGAUAUGCCUUCAGCAACGCCAUUGCCAAAAAGAAGGAAAUCAGGGAUUGAUAGGCGCUCACGGUUGUUCGGUCUUACAUCCUCUAAUCCAUUCUCAUGUCCAGAACAACAAACUUCAGCAGUUGCCAUGUUCAUGGGCCAAGAAACGGAAAAUAAUGUGGAUACACAAAUGGAGAAUGAACCAGUCGCUUCAGUACAACAAAUUCCUCCUCUGCCACCAGUACUCAAUAAUAUCAUCCUUGAUUUGGGAUUACCUACCAUAGCUUGCACACACUGUGGUGCACGCUUUUGGCCGCAAGAACAAGUAAACUACCAUAGAAGAAGCAACUCACCAAUCUUCACAUUGUGUUGUCAGCAAGGAAAAAUUCAGCUGCCACUUCUUAAGUCGACACCGCCUUUUCUGGAUAAGCUUCUUGAUGUCAACGGCGAUUCAAUGUCCACUCACUUUGCGAAGCAUCGACGACCAUACAAUGCUGCGUUCUCAUUUACAUCAAUUGGUGCACAACUUGAUCCACGACUAUUCAGUUCUAGAGGACCCUACUCACUGGUAAUAUGUGGUGAGAACUAUCAUCGAAUAGGUUCUUUAUUACCACCUAUUGGACAAAGACCGAAAUUUGCUCAGUUAUACAUCUUUGAUCCAUCUACAGAAGUUGAAGACAGGAUGGCAAACUUCUCAAAUAAUGACAACGUAUUGCUACCAGAAAUUGUUGAGGGGCUGAUACAAAUGCUAGAUGAGACAAAUGAGUUGGUACGAAGCUUCAGAAGAGUAAGACAAUGUCUACAGGAUCCUGCAAAUGAAAAUCUGCGCUUGAGAAUAGUGGGUUCUAGAAUACAAAAUGCAAGACAGUAUGAAUUACCUACUGGGGAAGAAGUUGCAGGCCUUAUUCCUGGAGAUUUCCAUCCUGAGAAACGCGAUAGAGAUAUUAUUGUUGAACACAGAAGUGAAGGCCUAAGAUGUAUAACGAGUUUGAACCCCAAAUAUGAUGCAUUACAUUUUCCUCUACUCUUUCCGUAUGGAGAAGAUGGCUGCCAUACAGGCAUAUCAUAUGCUCAAGAAGUACUUAAUCUAUCAGCACAUAGAAAGUGCAUGACUCAAAGAGAGUACUAUUCUUUUCGUCUGCAACAUCGAGACAGUGAAGGAACUACACUACUUAGGGGUGGGAAAGUUCUACAGCACUACAUCAUAGAUGCAUUCUGCUCGAUUGAAAAUAAUCGACUACUAUUCAUCAGGAAAAAUCAGGAUGUAUUACGAUCAGAGAUAUUUCAAGGAUUAUAUGAUGCAUUCCAAGCAGGUGAAGUAACAGGUAAAAAUUUAGGCCGGAUUAUAUUACCUUCUUCAUAUACAGGGAGUCCCCGAUAUAUGAAACAAUUGUACCUGGACGCAAUGGCGAUCUGUCAGUAUUUUGGAAAUCCAGACCUGUUCAUUACAUUCACCUGCAAUGCCCAAUGGCCCGAAAUAGUACAUGCAUUCGAGAAUACAGUCGAACUUCGAAGUGAAGAUAAACCACAUAUAGUGGAUAGAGUAUUCAGAAUGAAGUUGAAAGCUUUGAAGGACCGCAUCGUUAAGGAGAAAUUCUUUGGUACAACUGUGGCAGGUAUGAAAGCUUGAUAUAAUAUUUCUUUGUACUGAAUUCAAUUUAUAAUGAUAAUAGCAUAACGAAGGACAUGUUCUAUUCCCAGAUUUACAUACCGUGGAGUUCCAGAAAAGAGGCCUUCCUCAUGUGCAUAUUCUGGUGUGGCUAGCAGACUCGGAUAAGCCCAAAGACAUUGCAGAUAUUGAUAGAAUAAUUAGUAGUGAGAUACCAGACCCAUCUAUUGAUCCAGUCGGCUAUGAAGCAGUCAUAAAAUUCAUGUUACAUGGGCCAUGCGGUCAAGCAAAUACUUUAUCGCCUUGCAUGAAAGAUGGCCGUUGUUCAAAGCAUUUCCCAAAAGCUUUUACCUCAGAGACUAUAUAUGACCGGUUCGGGUACAUUGUCUAUAAAAGAAGGGAUACUGGAAUUUCAGUUGAAAAAGGAGGAACAAAACUUGAUAAUAGAUAUGUUGUCCCAUUCAACAGAGACCUUUUAGUAUGGUUGCAGGCACAUAUUAAUGUGGAAAUUUGCCACAAAGGAAGGCUGAUCAAAUACCUCUUCAAGUACCUUACUAAAGGACCUGAUAGAUCUUUGGUACAAGCUACAAACACAAAUUCCAGGUCAGUAGAUGUGCAACCUCCUAUUGAUGAAAUUAAACAGUAUCUGGAUUGUCGUUAUUUGUCAUCCUAUGAAGCAGCUUGGCGGAUCUAUGAAUUUCCAAUACAUGAAAGGACGCCAUCAGUGUUACGGCUUUGCGUGCAUCUCAAAAAUCAGCAUGUCGUCCCAUAUAAUGAGGAGGAACCUUUGGAAGGGGUACUGCAGCGUAAAGGAGUGGAAAAUACUAUGCUAACCCAGUGGUUCAAGCUUAAUAGAACUGAUCCAAGUGCUAGAACACUUACCUAUGCUAAAAUACCAAACAAAUAUGUUUGGGACUCUAGAAAGCGUGAUUGGUUUUUGAGGAAAAGAGGAUUCCAGAUUGGCAGAAUAGUAUACAUCCCUCCAGGGGUUGAUGAUGUGGUCUAUUUGAGAAUGCUUUUAACAAAAGCUAGAGGUGCUAAAAGCUUCAGAGACCUUAGGAAGGUGAACAAUGUGGUAUGUCGCACAUAUAAAAUCGCAUGCCAAAAAUUGGGAUUACUUUCAACAGAUCAAGAGUGGACAGCUGUGUUGCAAGAAGUCUGUCAAUGGGGGCAGCCGUCUUUAAUACGCUCUACCUUUAUUUCUUUGCUCAUGUUCUGUGAAAUUACAGAACCACUUGAUCUGUUUCAAAAAUAUUGGGAACACAUGGCAGAUGACAUGGCUUAUACAGCUCGACGACAAAGCUCUUCCGUAUACUUCGAUCCACCAUCAAGCUCUUUGCAAAAUUCUGUACUACUUGAGCUACAACGACUUCUCAGUUACUAUUCUACCACUUUACAGCAUUUUGGCCUACCAACACCAGAAUUGAGUGACUGUGACUAUACUAUGAAUAGUCUCAUUGCUGAACAGCUAGAUUAUGACAUCAAUGAACAGAAUUUGAGAGCUACUUCACUGUUGCAGUCAUUAAAUGAAGAGCAAAGGUACGCAUAUGAUGUUGUUUACAAUUCGGUGCUUUCGGCACAAGGAUCAC